GGUGUUGUGCUUCGGCGCAGGCGUCGCCAGGUCUGUUCUCAGAUUAGUUUUUUUUUUCUCUCGCUGUCAACGUUAAUCCCAUAUCCAUCCAGUUUAAUCUUAUUGUUUGUUGGAAUACGCGAUCGUCGGGGGGCGUAGGGUGAUAGUGAUAAACUAACAGACGGAUCCAGGAAGGAAAGUGCAUCGUUUAAAAAGGGGUGACGGGCGUCGCGACGACCAUUCGAGUGUACUAAAAAAAAAGAAAAAGAAGAAAAAAAAAACUGUUCGACGGAAAUCGCGAUUAGAGGUGCCUUUAAUUUCAAUUACAAAUUGCACUGUGCGUUCAUUUAUUAUGCUCCAUUGACGGAUUUGAUGUGAUUCAGUGACGAGUUUGCGUGUGCGUGUGCAUUCAAGUUGCAGAAAUGGCUGUCAAACAUAAGUCCAUUGAGUGCCGGGAGAAGGAUGAGGUCUACUUGACCAUCAUAAUAGGAGUGCUCAAGAGGAUCGAGCAGCAGAAGUCAAGUCAACAGUGCCUGUUGAGCAAGGAGGCCAGACUCGAGGCGAAGCAAUGCAAGAAGAUUGUCUCAGACCUGGGGAUGGUGGCCAUCCCAACAACGCCGGAGGACUAUGUGAGAUUCAUGACCCAGAUAGCGAUGAUCCAGGAGUUCCUAUUGAAAUACUUUGUCGGUGAUGAGUUGAUCAUAUGCACACUGCAGGCAUUCUACACUGAAAUCUCAGAUCCGCAAAAGCAUCCUACACCAACAAUGUCCAUCGUGUUGAAACUGAUUGACCCACAGAACAUCCCGAAAGCAGUCAAGUGGAUCCUGCAAUCCAGUUAUCCUGAGAGUGGUCUUGAGCAGGCUUUACACACACUCUGCACCUGGCUAUCCAAAUGGACCUGGACCCCAAACUUGGGACUGCUUGUGCUGGAAUUCAUGAAGGGUUUGGCUGCUGAGCAACAUUACGAAAUCCUUGUUGAUAUAACAUUAACGCAUAUCGAGCGACUGUUCAAGAUGCUAAUACUGCCCGACCCCAGGACGAACGUCGGUCCCGUCGUCUUCCACAUGUUGACGAGUAUGCAGCACAACCCGAAGGCCUUCCACAAGAUCAUACCGCAUAUUGGAAUGAUUAUGCGAUACCUGUGUAACGAGAAGAUGAUCGAUUCGAGCCGUUACUAUUUAGAAAGCCUGUUCAAUCUAUCGAUGGCGUUAAUGGAGCAUUUCCCCGGAUACGCCUGCUACGAACAGCUUAAGCAGACCCUGAAGCCUUACGAGGGAUUGACCGGUGACUACAAGCAGUUGCUGAUGAACAGCAAAGCAUGGUUGAACAAAUCGCAGACUACUACACUAUCUCAAUACGCGCCCGGAAAAGUCGGUCUCAACAAUCUGGGCAACACGUGUUACAUGAACAGCGUUCUGCAAGCCUUAUUUAUGACGAAGCCCUUCCGGAACGAUAUCCUGGCGAAAAGCAAGGACGCGGUACCGUUAUUCUUCAAACUCCAAAGUCUCUUCGCUCUGCUGCAGUUUUCUGAGAGGAGCUCACUGUCUCCGAGCGAAAUCCUUACCGCUGCCAGACCACCGGGUUUCCAGAUGGGCCAACAGCAUGAUAGUUCUGAGUUCUUGGGACACCUCCUGGAUGUCCUUCAUGAACAAGAGAGGCUGAUCGGUAAUUCCAAUGAACAUGAUGAUGCAACUACAAGUGGUUCGAAUAUCACAACGGUAGUGAAGAAAUCGUUUGGCGGAAAGACAUUAACAAUGUCGCAGUGUAAUAACUGUGGAGCUCGCAGUGAACGGAUGGACACCUUUAGGGAUUUGCAGCUGUCUUUCCCUAGUGACGCCGACAAUCAGUCCGUGCAGACGCUUAUGGAUUAUUACCUGCAGAAAGAGAAGCUAUGCGAUGAUAACCAGUAUCAUUGCGACGAAUGCUGCGGGCUCACCGACGGUGAGCGUAUCACCAGGAUCAUCGAACCACCACCAAGGUUGGUGUUAACCUUGAAGCACUUCAGCUACGACCCCAAGACGCAGGCUCGCACGAAGAUCUUAAAGAGGGUACAGCUGGACGACAACGUCUACGUGGACAGCAACGAGUACAAGCUAUACGCGGCCGUCGUUCAUUGCGGUUCCAGCGUCGAUUCAGGACAUUACUACACGUACGCAAAGGACUGCGAGGACUGGUAUAAAUUCAACGAUUGCUUCGUAAUGAAGAGCAAGGCGGAGGAACUUUGCGGUCUGCGGAGUCCUGAGGCACCUUACAUUCUGUUCUACAGUCGCGUCGACUGUAGCGAUCCUGAGCCGAUGGGAAAGUGCGAUCUAUCGUCCAGAUUGCAGUCCGUUCUCAGCAGGGACUACGCAGAUCUCGAUGCCGAGAAGAAGAAACCGAAGCUGAGCAUCAGCGCGCCGCCACGACCCAACAACAAAGACGACUACGACCCUCCGCCUCCUGGCUGCGGGGGAGGCGGUUUUAUGGACUCCACGCAGAACAGAUUCGUAUGCUAAUAAAGAAAUUUUGUAUGUAUCAUAUAUAGGAACGGUUAUUUAAUAUUUUGUUGUAU